GGAGGCUGCCUUCAGGGCUGUCCCUCCAAUACCUGCUCCCCUUGGGGUCUUCUCUCAAGAGCACAAGCUAAUUCUGUUUUUGGAAUGUUCUGGACACGUGAGCCAGCCUCCCCGGCCGGGACCCACAAUCCUCCCAAGCGGGAAGAAGUUCCGCAGCAAGCCGCAGCUGGCGCGCUACCUGGGCGGCUCCAUGGACCUGAGUACCUUCGACUUCCGCACGGGCAAGAUGCUCAUGAGCAAGAUGAAUAAGAGCCGCCAGCGCGUGCGCUAUGACUCGUCCAACCAGGUCAAGGGCAAGCCCGACCUGAACACGGCGCUGCCCGUGCGGCAGACGGCGUCCAUCUUCAAGCAGCCGGUGACCAAGAUCACCAACCACCCCAGCAACAAGGUGAAGAGCGACCCGCAGAAGGCGGUGGACCAGCCGCGGCAGCUCUUCUGGGAGAAGAAACUGAGUGGCCUGAACGCCUUCGACAUCGCCGAGGAGCUGGUCAAGACGAUGGACCUCCCCAAGGGCCUGCAAGGGGUGGGGCCUGGCUGCACAGACGAGACCCUGCUGUCGGCCAUUGCCAGCGCCCUGCACACCAGCACCAUGCCCAUCACUGGGCAGCUCUCGGCCGCCGUGGAGAAGAACCCCGGUGUGUGGCUCAACACGACACAGCCCCUGUGCAAGGCCUUCAUGGUGACCGACGAGGACAUCAGGAAGCAGGAGGAGCUGGUGCAGCAGGUGCGGAAGCGGCUGGAGGAGGCCCUGAUGGCCGACAUGCUGGCGCACGUGGAGGAGCUGGCCCGCGAUGGCGAGGCGCCGCUGGACAAGGCCUGCGGGGACGAGGAUGAGGAGGAGGAAGAGGAGGAGGAGGAGGAGCCCGACCAGGACCAGGAGAUGGAGCACAUCUAGGGCAGAUGCCCCGCCAAGAACUCCACAUUGCGGGGACACACGCCGAGAGCCGCCUGCAGACUUGGCCCUUGGCUGUGCUUGGGACCAGGCUCAGGAGCCAGGCCUGGCCGGGGAGGAAGGCUGCCCCUGCCCGCUCCAUCCUCCCUGUCCUGGGCCUUGGGCACGGCUGGGGACAGCCCCCCACCCAACGGACCCUCCACGCCUUCCCUGGGAAGGGCCUGCAUUCCGGAAGUGCCGGUCGCUCCUGGGCCCUGCGUGGCAGGAGGCCCCUCCUGGGUCAUCGCAGCCUCGUGGUGCCAGGGCCCAGACCAGCCCGGUCCCUGUGGCUGCCGCCCCAGCCCCUGGAGACAGAAGAGCCACCUGCAGGUGCCCGCCUGGGCCGCACCCAGGGACUGGGAGCACCUGUGAGGAUUCUUCGGUUGCCACAUCUCUACGAGGCUGGAGAAAUACUUCUGGAACCGGUCGCCUCCCCAUGCAGCGCGUGGGACGACGAUCUGAACCUCUGCCCUCCCUCUGCACGGCCACCCAGCGGGGCAGAGCCACCACAGGGCACGCCCAGGAGGUCCCGUCCCUUCAAUAAACCCAUGAUACACACGAGGGUGGACGUUCCCAGCUGUGUGAGCUUUCGUACGGGCUGCACUUGGACGUGAACUCUGGCCUUGGCUUCUGAAAACCAGACUGUCUCCCGCUGCUGCGCCCCGGUCUGAGGUUCAGGCCCUGACGGGAGCCCCCUGGCGCCUGAAACCACCUUAAAGAGGGCUCAGGCACCGACGUGCCAGGCCGGGGCUCCAGGCAGCUCUGCUGUCGCCAACUCCUGUGCCUCAGUUUCCCCAUCUGUAGAGCGGGGACAGGUGCCUGGCUUUCGGGGCAGAGCGGGUGCUCUCAGUAAAUGGUACAGGGCAGAGCCUUUGGCACCAAGGUCAUCCUAAUGACGUGUCACUCAGACACCCCUGCCCCCAGCCUGGGGGCUGCUUCCUCAACCACCGACCCUGCCCUGCGGGGACUCUGUGCCAGCGGCCUGUCAUCUCCGGGCCUCAUCCCUCCUCCUGUGUCUGCUCUGCCCCGCGUGGACAGGCGGGGGGUGGGCAUCGUGGGCCGAGCCCUGGCUGGAUGCCGGGUGGGUUGGCGCUGACCUCUGAUGAGGUCACUGGGGGCCCAGGCAUCCCCUGGCCCUCCAUGGAUGCUGACCCAGUAGGCGCUGACGGCUUUCCUUUCCUUCUGUGUCAAGUCAAAGCACAAUUCUCAGAGGACGGCGGCCACCGGAGCUGUGGGUGGGCGCGGCCCUGCGUGGGCUCCGUGUCCUCCAUGUCCUGGGCCUGGGAGGGCUCAGCCUCCUGCCUGCCGAGGCAGCUGAGGGCAGCUCUGGUCGGGGACGCUGUCAGUUCCCCAUGGCAAUGGUUUGGGGUCCCCAGCUGUGACCCUUUGCCUGGCCCACGGUCCCCAGGUGCUGUCCGUAGAAUGGCCUCGGCCUGUGCCCUGCCUGAGGGAGGAGGGACGGGGGGCAGCGGGUGUCCUGUAUCCAUGGCGGA